UGACGUUUGUUGGUUUGUUGAUGCUUGUGCUAUGUGCUUGACUGCUUGCAUUUGUAUUGAAUUUAAGCAAUUUUUGUGUGGUAAAUAAAAUCCGUACAUUUAUUUCAUAUUUCGAAAUUAUUAUAAAUUAUAGUACUUGAAUUGAAAAUAUAAUACUAUUGAGUAUCGUCAAGCAACUAACCUACUCUGAAAAUUGAAGAUGUCAAACAAGUAUGGAUUAAUAUUGCCAGAAAAAAGCAACCAAAAAAAUUUGACAUUCCAAGCCAAGCGGAAUGUAUUUGGAGAGGAAUCGGACUCGGAAGAAGAAGAUAAUAAAAAAUCUUCUUUGUUGCUACAACCUAGUCAUAAUAUUAAUAGACAGGCCAAAAUAAGUCAAGAGAAAGCUGUCUUAGAAGACCCUACUGUUUAUCAAUAUGACGAAAUUUAUGAUUCAAUGGUCAGUGAAAAGAAGGGAAGUUCAACUAAAAGCAAAGAAGAAAAAGUUAAGAAGCCUAAAUAUAUUGAAAAUCUGCUUAAAACUGCAAACAAAAGAAAAAUAGAAAAUGAACGAAGAAUAGAGAGACAGGUUCAAAAGGAACGAGAAAAAGAAGGUGAUGAAUUUGCAGACAAGGAGGUGUUUGUUACUUCUGCAUACAAAAAGAAAUUAGAAGAGUUGCGCCAAGAAGAAGAAAAAGAAAAACGUGAAGAAUAUUUGGAAAAUAUUGGAGAUGUGACCAAGCAAAGCGAUUUAGGAGGAUUCUACCGUCAUCUGUAUGAACAAAGAGUUGGUUCUGAUAAAGAAAAACCAGAAGCAGAGUGUAACAAGGACGAAAAGGUUACAAAACCAUCUCCUAAAAAAGAAGCUGAUAUAAAAAGUAACAGUAACAACAAAAAGAGUAGGAAUUACAGAAAAAGGAAAUCAUGUGAAAGCAAUCCUAUGUUAUCUGAAGGAGAAAUAGCUGAAACAGAUGAUGAGAUAAACCGUGUUAACUUAGAUGAUAUUAGAGCAGCAAAGAAGAGUAAGGUUGAUGAGAACUUAGAUGCUGAUUCAGAUUUCUCUGUAGAUGACCCUAGUAGUGACGAUGAUACUGACAAGGGAGAAAAGGAUAUUAAAAAAGAUGAUGCCAAGAAAUUAAAGGAUGCAGAUGUGAAACAAAGUGAGAGCAUUACUGAAAAACCUGAAGUAAAAGCACCAAUUGUAGCAGUUGAGCCUGUAAAGGAACCUAAAGUCAAAAUUGAUUUAUGGAAAAAGAGAACAGUUGGAGAAGUGUUUGAUCAGGCAUUAAAAAGAUAUUAUGAAAGAAAAUCGGCUAGAGGUUACUAAUUUAAGUAUACCUUGGCUAGUAGCAUAAUUUUAGCAUAGCGCUCACUCAUAUCGCGCAGCCUCAAGAGCGAGCGCGACGUAGAACUUUUGUCACGUCUUAAAUGCGCCCCAUACUAGCCCUUCUGAUUAUACUAAAAUGAUCAUUGAUAAUAGAUACGUUUAACUAA